UGUUCUCUUGCCCUCUUUAUUUGUUUUCUUCUUUCUUUGCUAACCAUAUCUCUCUUCACAUCUCCACCUCUCUCUAUUGCUUCUUCCAUCUUCAUCUUCUACCUUUUCUUCAACAUUUCUGGUUUCAAUUCUCUUUAUUCAUACAUAACAUUUAUUAAUACAAAAAUAGAUAAUAUUAUAUACUUUAUAUAAGUGUGAGAAGCACUAGUAAAUCUAAAUUCAACUUUUCUCUGAGCAAAUAGGCCCUAGUGUCAGAGGAACAUCUCUUAUCUCUUUGUACUUUGAUCAUCAAUCUAUCCCAUAAAAAGCAAUUUAUCUCUCCAUCUCCCCCUCUCUCUCUCUCUCUUUAUAUACCCCACUUGGAAACCCUAAUUUCAAAACUACUAGCUAGAGAUUGUAUCCAUGAAUCCUAAGACGUGCCACCACUUAUCUUCAAACCCUAGUUCUGUAAAAUCAAAGUUCACAAGAAGACACUACUUAUAUGGUAAGGUCAAGAUUGCAGCUGAUAAAUCAUUGGCUUUGGCCGUUGGUUCGAGGAGAGCUUGGACUAGGGCAUUGCUUUGGAAGAUUCAUUACAAAGCACGGCGUCAGAGAUCAAGAUUCAACACUAAGAAACGUUUAAAAGAGAAGAAGAAGAAGAAUAAGAAGAAGAGUGAUGAAGAAGUAGGAUUUUUCCAUGCGAAUGAACUUCGAAAACUUGUUCCAGGAGGUCAAGCAAUGGAUUUGUGCAGCCUUUUGGAUGAAACUGCCCAUUACAUCAAGUGCCUUACUACCCAAGUUCAGGUGAUGAAAAGUAUUGAUCAAAUUUACUCCCUUUGAGGUUUGAGCUAUAUAAAUACAUACAUACAUACAUAUAUAUAUAUAUAUAUAUAUAUAUAUAUAUAUAUAUAUAUAUAUAUAUAUAUAUAUAUAUAUAUAUAUAUAUAUGAAUAUAUUCAAAUAAAUCUAAAGAAACAUAUGCAGC